AUGUUUAUCUGCGCAUCAGCAUGGGAAAGAGAAGUCAAAAAUAUUAAUAGAAUAUAUAAGAAACUUCAUUAUCAAGAUCCAGCUAGUCAGAGACACCACAGAAUGAAGAUAGUUAACAUGCUAAAGAAGAUUGGCAAGAUAUGGAAUUUAGAUAUAUUUAGAGUGAAAAUACCUAUGAAUUACAAAUAA